CUUGAUAGGGCAAUUAUAUACAUACAUACGUAAACAAACACUAUUAAUGGAGUUAGAUUUCUUGUGGCUGAUUCUUGCCAUUUUUCUUGGCACUUACGUUGUCUUGUUUGGAUUUCUCAUCAAAUUAAACGAGUGGUAUUAUGUUAGUUUCAUGUUAAGUCCUGAGAAGCGACGCUCUCUCCCUCCAGGUGAUAUGGGCUGGCCUUUGAUCGGCAACAUGUUUUCUUUCCUCCGCGCAUUCAAAUCCACUAAUCCUGAUAGCUUUAUCUUCAACUUAGUUCACAGAUAUGGCCGAACAGGUAUUUACAAGAGCCAUUUAUUUGGCAGCCCAAGUGUUAUAAUUUGCACCCCAGAAACGUGCAGAAGAGUGUUGAUGGACACUGAGCAAUUUGCGCUUGGUUAUCCUGCUUCCACCAAGCACUUGACAGGAAAAAAAUCUUUCCAUAGCAUUUCAGUUGCAGAACACAGGCGUCUUCGCAAGCUGACAACAAGUUCAAUCACUGGCCAUGAGGCUUUGGCCAUGUACAUUGAGUAUAUCCAGGACAUUGUGAUUACUUCAUUGGAUGAAUGGGCGAGAAGAGACAAGCCAAUCGAGUUCUUGACUGAGAUCAGGAAGAUUGCUUUCAAAGUCAUCAAUCACAUCUUCCUUGGAUCCGACAGUGAUUCAAUUCUAGAAUCUGUGGAGAAAUAUUACACUGAUUUAAUUUAUGGAUUGAAGUCUUCGGCCAUUAACAUCCCUGGUUUCGCAUUUCAUAGAGCACUCAAGGCUCGAAAAAAGUUGUUGAAGAUCCUUCAAACUGAACUAGAUGAAAGAAGAGCAAUGAGGAAGAGUGAUGAUAGGCAGAAGGCAAAGAAAGGGAUGAUUGAUUUGAUGAUGGAAGUGGAAGAUGAGAAUGGUACAAAGUUGGAGGAUGAAGAUAUCAAAGACUUACUCCUCAUGUUCUUAUUAGCCGGUCAUGAAAGCACCUCGCAUGCUGCAAUGUGGACGAUACUCUACCUGCAUCUGCAUCCUGAAAUGCUGCAGAAAGCCAAGGAAGAGCAAGAGGAGAUUAUGAAGAGAAGACCCUCAACACACAAAGGAUUGACUCUAUUCGAAAUUAAACAAAUGGAAUAUCUUGCUAAGGUCAUAGAUGAAACAUUACGAAGAACCAAUCUUUCCUUUUCAAAUUUUCGCGAGGCAAGAAUUGAUGUUACCAUCAAAGGCUAUACAAUACCAAAAGGCUGGAAAGUACUGGUUUGGAACAGAGGUGUUCACAUGGAUCCUGUAAAUUACCGUGACCCAAACCAAUAUGAUCCUUCAAGAUGGGAGAAACAUGUAGCUAAACCAGGAGCUUUUAUUCCCUUUGGAGGUGGACCCAGGAUUUGCCCUGGAGCUGAUCUAGCCAAGCUUGAAAUCUCCAUUUUCCUUCAUUGUUUUCUCCUCAACUACAAGCUUGAACGACUGAAUCCAGGUUGCCGAAUCGUGUACUUACCGAUACCAAAGCCCUCAGAUAAUUGUAUUGCAAAAGUAAUUAAGCUCAGAUAAACUUCCACUUCGCUCAUGUAGCCAAGUAAUAUGGGCAGUUACUUGUAUUAAGUUUGAGAAUAAAGCUAUACAUGAAAUUGAGUUAAUAAAUCAUAA